AUGUCAACUCAACAGGACGAGCAGCAGAAGGACUCUACCCAGAACCAGUUUGGGCAGGGUAACGAGAACAACGAUAACAACGACAACAACAACCCCUUCGGUCAGCAGGGCGACGACAACAACGACCAGCAACAAGGACAGGACCAGAACCAGGAAGGUCAACAGCAGCAAGGCCAAAACGAGUCUGAGUCCAAGGACGACUCCAACAAGGAUGAAUCCAAGCCCGAUACUGAGGAGAACGCAAAGGCUGAGACACCCGAAGACAACGAGCAGAAGCCCGAGCAAGACCAAGAGUCAAAGUCUGAGGAGUCAAAGCCCGAGCAGGACCAGUCUCAAGAAUCUAAGCCUGAAGACGCAAAGCCCAAAGAGUCCAAGGAGCCCGAGCAAGCUAAGCCUGAGGAUUCGAAGCCUGAAGAGUCUAAGCCUGAGCAAGCCAAGGCCGAGGCCGAGGACAAGAAGCCCGAGGAGGUAAAGAAGGAGGAAGACGCCGCCGACUCCAAGCCAGAGCAGGCAAAGGCUGAAGCCGACAACAAGACCGAAGAGGCUAAGCCCCAGCAGCAGCAGAAGAAGAAGCAGCCCGUCAAGCAGGAGGAGAGCGAGAGCGAGUCUGAAGAUGACGAUGAUGACGACUUCGACUCCGAGGACGACUCCGAAGAAGACUCAGAGGAAGAAGACUCUGAAGACGAGUCAGAGUCCGAGUCCGAGGAUGAGAAUGAACCCGCUACUCCACCUCAGCAGCAAGAACGAGGCGGCAAACGAGGAAACGCAAAGGCCGGUGAUGUAAGACGUCGACGCCCAGCCUGGCUCGACGAAGAAUCUGACGAUGAGGGCCGAAAGCAGUUUUCCAAGAGCGACGAUAAGAACAAGCAGAUGCAGCAGCAGCAGCGUCAACAGCAGCAGAUGCAACAGCAACAACAACAGCAACAGAUGCAGCAGCAACAGCAACAGGAGAGCGGUGGCGGUGGUAAGAGCGAUGCUCUCAGUCUGCACCUCGAACUCAACCUCGAAAUCGAAAUCGAACUCAAGGCGAGAAUCCACGGUGAUCUCACAUUGGCUCUACUGUAA